GGUGCACGGGCGCACCGGGCCCCACUCCAUCCCAAACUGGAAAGGGCAGUUUGUUUACUCCCCCGUUCGCAUCCACCGCCGUGAUCACGCUUUCCGUGAAAUGAAACUUCUCACCAUAAUUAUUUCCCAACUUCGCCGUCCUGCUCGCCACUUGCUCCUACUUUGGACUUUCAUAUUUGCAUCCAUUCUUGUCAUGUAUGCCUCUUGAUUCUGCAGCUGCAUAUUCACAGCUCACAGCUGCCAUUCAGCAUCGUUGUGACGGACGCGUCUUCGCCUUCCCAAGGUUAGACGCGCCUCGCCCACCCACCUCCACCACCUACACACAGCACUUGUCACAUCUUUGGACGCAGUUCGCGUCCCCAGCAAAUACAUACGACAUACUUUAAUCACAUCUCAUCAUGGCAGCACACACAGACCGGUUUAAGUCGCGUAUCCUUAGGGAGAAGUUUCAACAUCGCGACAAUCCCUUCAACUCUCCCCCAUCCUCUACUGGCUCCCAUGGAACUGUCACCAUGACCUCAGAUCUGUCAUAUGAUCCUGAGGGCGAGUCCACCCGGCGCAUGCACAGAGAUGACGACUCAAUUCAACUGCCUGGCCUGCUGUCCCAUCACAAACAUGGGUCCAAAGCCCAGUCGCCCUUCAAGGUGAAUACCUCGGCAAUAGGACGCAAUUUCCCCGAGUGGAAAGGUGGCUGGAAUGUCAAUAGUCGCGAGCAGACCGAAGACAUCUACAAUGUCACUGGCGAUCGUAUAGAUCAAGGAAAGGAGAACAUUCCGCCUUCCUCAUCAACUGUGGCUUCCCCUACUCAGGCCAAGUCGCAAACCCCAGGACACUUCAAGACUGGCGGCGGAACUCUUCGAACCCUUGCACAGAUGCAAGCCCAAGUCGAUGAUGACUCUGUCAACAUGACCACAGGCUCAAAUCCCCGCCGCGGCAAUGUUACAUCCCUCAUUCAGACCCUCAAGGCGGCGCAAGCCACAAGGGAGUCGGCGCCAAUAAAGUCGUCACCCAAGCCGGUGAACGUACGCCAUUCGCGCAUCAGUAAUACCAACGCGCGUCCAUCUACCCCCAACCAGACCGGUCGAUCGUUCUUCCUACCCAACCUCAUUCACAUCAACGACUUCGUCUCAGGUGUCUUGAAGCUAUCAUCGACAAAGAAUGGCAUUCCCGUGUUCGUGAAAAAUGGAAAAGUCCACGAUCGCGAGUCUCGGACUUCGCCUGACCAUCAUGCUAAUGUCGAUGCUAUCAAGGUCCCUGAGGACGAGCAAAAGAUUUUCGUCUCUUUGGAUAAGAUCCGGGAGGAAAUCCAAGCUUUGCAAGAACACGAUGACCAGGUCUCUAGGCAGGCCGAGAUUCUCCAGGAAGAGCUCUAUGAGCUGCAGAUACAGCUCUCCAAGGCCAAAUCUCGCAAGGAUAGCGCCAUGGGCUCUGACUCUGAUAGUUCCAUGCUUGACCAUCUCAACAACCAAAAGUCUCAACUGGAAGAGCAAGUUGCUUCGCUACAAUCCAGGCUGGACAAAGCCAACCGCAAGAUUAGCAUCAAUGAGAUCCAUACCGAGUCGUACAUCAGUGAGCGCGACGAAGCGCUUAAAAGUGCCUCCGCACGUCUCGAGGAAAUCAACCGCUUGCAAUCGGAGCUUGAUGCGGCGCGCCGAGAGGUGAAUGCUAGUCGAAAUGGCGACGCACAAGAUCUUAAUGUAGUUGAGGCAGAGAACAGAGAUCUGCGAGAAGACAACAUCUCAUUACGACAUCAAUACAAGUCCAUGCAUGAAGAAAACCAGUCUCUUCGCUCACACAACACUCUCCUAACCCACCAAAACGUCGACUUGCAAAAAGAAGUAAAGCGACUCCAACGCGAGCUGGACUCUCUACAAGGGGAAAAUGAACUGCUGCAGAAGGAAUACGCAGUCAUUGUCGAGGAGAAGCGGACCAUUAAGCAGGACAAUCUCAGCCUCGAGCGUCACAAUGAGAAGUGGUACAAUGACACCAAAUCCCUGCAGCAGAAGGUGACUUUACUGGAACAACGGACUCAGGAUCUCCAGGACAACAACAAUCAGCUUCACCAUAUGCUUGACUCGGUCAAUGCCGAGACGGGAACGAUUACGGUCCAUAUGAAGGAUGUUAAAGAUAGGAUCGAGAAGAAGACCCGAGACCUGACUGAACAGAACGCUCAACUCCGUCAGCAGAUCGUCGAAUUGCAGGCUGAAUAUGCAUCAAAAUACACUUCGUUUGAACAGGAGAAGCGCCGUCUGGUUGGGUCCAAUGAACGCCUCAAUGACAAGCUCGAUCACAUCAGCAAGCAGUUUGAGCAGAUAGUAUGCGAAAGCAAAGAGGAGGCGGCCAAGUACGAGGAGAUGCAAUCGUCUCUGACGCAGCAACUUGAGGACCUCAAGACUACUCCUACUACUACUACUACCAGCAAGACUAAACCCGUCAAAGUCACACGGAUUAUUGAGCCAACCACAUCCGCAUCGAAACACAAGAGCACGUUGAGCGAGAUGUCUGCUAGAAGCACCACCUCUCAGACCGACUUCCAGAUGCAGGAUGAUUAUACACGGCAUAUCGACCUUACUCAAGACUCCGACUUUGCGACUAACAUGUCGCGGGAGGGGAAGAUUGACAAAUUGCGAGACGCUCUUCGACAGGCGCAACUUGAUGCUCAACAGCAGGACGAGCCUGACGAAUACGCAGAUUUAGACGAAGCUGCAAUCACGGAGGAUAUGAGUCGAAGUCUUCCUUCUUUGCCGCAAACACGGCGAAAUGAUAGCAUCGCGUUCAAGUCUAAGAACACCACGUCUAAGGGACAGACCGAGACCUCUAAGGCACAGCCGUUGGGAAUCUUGAAGAAUGUGCAAACCCCCCGUCAGAUUCCGGAGCAGGAUUUGACCGGACGGUUCAGCGUAAAAUCGGGCAUGAGUGGGAUGAGCUUGCCAAGUCAAGCCUCGCCACCUGACCUCUCCCACGGCCGCCGCCAUUCGGAUAGUGUACGAUUUGACCUCAACGUGAACGUGGAAGAAACAUCGGCGCUCUUCAUGGAUGACAUAACACUGGAUUCCCGCAAGCGCGCCGUCGAGAGACAGGAAGCACUUGCUGCCAAGAAGGGCAAGGCCACUCCCGUUCUUCCCAAGAAUGGCGCAAAGAAGGCCAUCCCAACUCUGUCGAAGGAUGCCAAGCGUGUCCUGGACAGCUUGUGCCACGACCACGAUUGUCGCAACUGCAUCGUCUGCAAGCGCAUCAACUCGCACAUGCACGAAGACGAAACGACGCGAACUGGCGUCAAGACAACUGUACGCGUCGAGAAGCCGAUCCCCGUCACGGAUCGCAUACCCAACUCGACAACGGACUCGGCGUACGAGGACCAGCCAACUCUGCGUCCCGCCCAACACCCAGGCUUGGCGCUGGCCACUGUUAUGAAGGGUCUGCGCGACGAGCUCGCUCAUCUCGAGGCGAAGUAUGCGAAGAAGAAUGCCAUCUUCGCUGCCAUGGACCCUUCGUUUGGCAGGCGAGAGCGCAAGGGGGUGACGUCGGAGAUUCAGACUCUGAUGCGCGCUAUCAAUGACAAGCAAGACAUGAUCUACCGACUGCAUGAUGUAUUGGAGGGUCAAAAGGCCAGCGGGCAGCAGAUGACAGAGGACGAGGUGGACGUGACGAUAAUGAGCAUCUUGAGCAAGGACAAGGAGGUGACUUGGGAUGGAAUUGUUGACUGAUUGUUUGUGGGACACUGGAGCGAGCUAAUUCACUUUGGUGGAGUAAAGGUGUGUGGCAUUCCCUGGAGUGCAUGGGUUGGAGUUUCGGAUGGUUUCUAUAUGAUUUCUCUGUCUGGUUACAACAAGGCUCCCGGCGGCGUUUGGUUGCAAAAAGGCUUUUACUGCAUUGCAGUUGUUAUUUGGUCCAAAUACACUUGCCUUGGACGGGCUAUGAUACUAUACUACUAUGCUUUGUCUUGGGAACUUGCCUG